AAAUUUCAUUAGCCGACGAAAUUUCAGUAAAAAAUACAAUAUUUAUAUUUUGAUUUUUGUUUGUACGUCUUGUAAACAAAGAAUUGUAUUGUUUUCCGAUUGUGUCGUAUAUCCAUCCGGAGAGAUAAUCGAGAUAUGCCAUCCAUAUGGGACAAAAUGUGCGAAGUAUUCACAUCGCUGGUGCGACCGACGCGUCGGAAGACACGUCGGGUCACCUUCAGUCCAAGCACCCUGCAUCGUGAACUCAUACGACACUUGGAACAUUCGGCUUCCCGUAAUCCAUUUUUCAAUUUCCUAGCCGAGGUUCGUAUGAAGGUCAACGGUGGCGAAUUAAUGCAGUCAAAUUGUGGUUCGAUGUCUUCGCGCGUAAGUGCUCACAUCGUCAAGACGGCUAGCCGUUUAUGGAAUUCAAUGACAGACGAGCAAAAGAGGCCGUACCGGACCAUAGCCAUGGAGCAGCGAAAACUGAAGAGACUGCGGCGAAGGCGUUCCUACUUAACAGCACGUCGACGAAAGAAACGCAAACCGCCAGUUGAAUGCAAAUUUCUCUUACCACCGGUGCCCACUCAAGAAGAAAAACUGUAAAGGUGGUUUCUGAAGAUUACCAUAAUAUGGGUGACGUCGUCAGAACAGUACGGAUGGAGCAGUGAACAAAAUUUUGUGCAAAUUUAAUGUUGUAACCCUCUUCUAUUUUCCCAAACUGUUAUUG